ACAAACGGGGAAGCCAGAAUCUAGAACAGGCGCCCUGUUUCAAGAAAUUCAAAUAUAACGGCUAGAUAUCCCGCUCCAGCCUUAUUACUUCAAACUGCCCCUCUAUCGUCGUCUACUCGUCUAUCGCUCACUCGGCUAAGACAACACAGAGGCACAAAGCCACAUCUCAUUCGACGGGCGUAGAGAGAGAUUUCACAGCAAAGAAAUGGCGUCGAACAUCGGAAUGAUGGACUCUGCUUACUUCAUCGGAAGAUCUGAGAUCCUCUCCUGGAUCAAUUCCACUCUCCAUCUCAAUCUCUCCAAAGUCGAAGAGGCAUGUACCGGUGCAGUUCACUGCCAACUUAUGGAUGCCGCUCAUCCAGGGAUGGUGCCGAUGCACAAGGUCAAUUUCGAUGCCAAGAACGAGUACGAGAUGAUCCAGAACUACAAGGUCCUUCAAGAUGUCUUCAACAAACUCAAAAUCACCAAGCACAUUGAAGUGACCAAACUGGUGAAAGGAAGGCCUCUAGAUAACCUGGAGUUCAUGCAGUGGAUGAAGCGCUAUUGUGACUCUGUCAGUGGAGGCGCUACACACGGUUACAAUGCUCUGGAGAGAAGAGAGGCCUGCAAGGGUGGAAGAGAAGCGAACAAGAAAUUUGCUGCACCCCAACCUUCUGGCAAGACUGCAGCAGCUUCCACCAAGCAUGUCCCUCAUAAUGGUCGCAGGAAUGAUGUAACCAAUACAAGCAGUGCCACAAAUCCUUCUGGAAAGACCUCUAGACCUUCUUCAAGCGGAGGCCGCCCUGUCUACUCUGAAACAGAAAAGGCUGCACAUGAACAACAGAUCACAGAGUUGAAAUUAUCUAUAGAUAGUCUUGAGAAGGAGAGAGACUUCUACUUUGCAAAGUUGAGGGAUAUUGAAAUUGUUUGCCAGUGCCCUGAGAUUGAAAAUCUACCAGUCGUUGAAGCAAUUAAAAGAAUAUUAUAUGCUACAGACGCCGAUGGAUCAAUUGUUGUAGAAGCUCAAGCCAUGAUCUCUCAGCAACAGCAAGUGGAGCCAGCAGAUGACAACAUACCUGAAGAAGAACAAGACAACAAGCAGAAAGUUGAGAAUCAGAAGCGAAAAAUUAUCAUCAAUUCUGAUGUUGAUGUUGCUGCCAGCAUCACCUUGUCUCCCAGGCAAAAGAUUGCUGAUGCUUCCGAUGUCCAUUGCAGUGGAUCACCCCUCGUGACUUACUGAUUAUCUUCUCCUUGUUUCAAUUCAUGAAUGAUAGACUCUGCAACUUUCUUUUGUUAUUUUUUAUACUACAAAAUUUUAUGAAUAGUGUAAAAUUUCUUAUUAUGUUUAGCAUAUUCUCUCUUAAAUGCAUAGUUCUCUAUUCUUGAAUGGUGAUUGAAUUAUGAGAAAUUGGGCGGGGAGUGCUUUGAAGAAAUUAUGUUAUUGGUGUCACGAAGAAGAAAUUGAAAACAAGUUGGCUUCAGAGGCUAGCUGAUGUCGCUCAUCUUGACGAUAAAAGUCACACGACAAAGGGAGCUCAUUUGAAUUCCAAGGGAGGGGUCUAUAAAGGCUGGCACCAGCAUUCAAAGAGUUCGAGUUCAUGCAUAUAAAACGAGUGAUUAUGUUUUCCAUAAGUAGUUUCAAAUGUAGAAAUUCGGAUGCAAUUGAUUCUAUUCCGAUCAUUAUUAACUAUGUCCUGUCACAAAUGUGGCGAAUUACAUUAGUGAAAAGCUUGAAUGUUAUGCUUCCAUGGGAACUCA